AUGGUCAUUUUCGACGCAACCGCAAGCAGCGAAGAUGUCACCAGCGCCUUUUCCCAGGAGAUCAAGGGUCGUACAUUUCUGAUCACCGGAGCCGGCCAGCCCAGCAUUGGCAGCAAGAUGGCCACUUCGCUAGCCAAGUUUGCCCCAGCACACAUCAUAAUCGCCUCGCGAACAGCCAAGAAAGUGGAACCAGUGCUGGAGGAAAUCAAAUCUAUCGACUCGUCCGUUAAAACCACCUUCGUGCAGGUUGAUCUGUCUGACCAUGACUCCGUACGACAAGCCGCCAGAGAGAUCCUAGCCACGGCACCCAAAAUCAACGUCCUCAUCAACAGUGCGGGAAACAUGGCACUAAAGGAAUUUACUGUCGAUAAGCAAGGCAUUGAAAUGCAGUUUUCUGGAAACCACGUCGGUCAUUUUUUGCUUACGAAUCUGCUCGUUCCUGCUCUGCUCGCAGGAGCGGCUGAGACUGGUAAUGCUCGCGUCGUAAACCUAACGAGUUCAGGAUAUCUAAUCAGUCCGGUGCGCUUCGAGGACUGGAACUACUCUGGCGGGAAGAAGUAUGAUCCUUGGGCCGGAUAUGGGCAGGCGAAAUCCGCGAAUAUCCUGUUUGCGUAUGGCCUGACCAAGAAGCUGAAGGCCCGCGGCAUCACGGCAACAGCGGCGCAUCCAGGCUAUAACGGUGACACGCAGCUGGGUGCCCACCUGACAUGGGAUGACUAUGCCGGAAUCUUUCCGGCGACCAAAAAGAACACUGGUCGAGACUUCGAGUUUGAGGAGCCUCGAUUCAAGAGUUACACGCAGAUCGCUGCUACCCCCCUGAUCGCUGCACUCGAUCCCGAGCUGCCUACCAAGUCUCCUGCUUUCUUGCAGAACAGCCAAGUCACAGAGCCUGGGGCAGACUACAUCCGAGAUGACGAGAGCAUUGAAAAGCUCUGGAAGCUGAGCGAAAAACUUGUUGGGGAGAAAUUUGAGUACUGA